GAGCAGCGGCCCAAGAUGGCGGCGCGGAGCCGCGGCCCGUGAGGCGCGGGCGGAGCUGCGGCCGCUCCGGGGGCUCCGGGCGGUACCGGCCCCGGCGGCUCGGGCGGCACCGCCGGCCAUGACCGGCGAGAAGCUCCGCUCGCUGCGCAGGGACCACAAGCCCAGCAAGGAGGACGGGGACCUGCUGGCGGCCGGCGAGGACGAGGCGGCCGCGGCGCCCGGCGGCGCGUUCACGGGCGGGAAGGGCGGGCGGGCCGGGGGGCACCGCGGACCCGGCAAUCACCGGCACCGCCCGCCCGCCCGCGCCGCGACCGCCGGGCCCGAGCGCGGCCCCUUCCCCGUGCACGAGUGCGUGUUCAAGGGGGACGUGCGGCGGCUCUCGGCGCUCAUCCGCACCCAGGGCAUCGCCCAGAAGGACAGUCACGGAAACACUCCUUUACAUCUUGCUGUGAUGUUGGGACAUAAAGAAUGUGCCCACCUGCUUUUAGCCCAUAAUGCUCCAGUAAAGGUGAAAAACGCUCAGGGAUGGAGCCCUCUGGCCGAAGCCAUCAGCUAUGGAGACAGACAGAUGAUUUCAGCACUCCUGAGGAAGCUCAAGCAGCAGUCCAGGGAAAGUGUUGAAGAAAAGCGACCUCGAUUAUUAAAAGCCCUGAAAGAGCUAGGUGACUUCUAUCUAGAGCUUCACUGGGAUUUUCAAAGUUGGGUGCCUUUACUUUCCCGAAUUCUGCCUUCUGAUGCAUGUAAAAUACACAAACAAGGUAUAAAUAUCAGGCUGGACACAACUCUGAUAGACUUUACCGACAUGAAGUGCCAACGAGGGGAUCUGAGCUUCAUUUUUAACGGUGACGCCGCACCCUCUGAAUCUUUUGUAGUUUUAGACAAUGAGCAAAAAGUUUACCAGCGAAUACACCAUGAGGAAUCUGAAAUGGAAACAGAAGAGGAGGUUGACAUUUUGAUGAGCAGUGACAUUUACUCUGCAACGUUAUCCACCAAAUCCAUCACCUUCACGCGGGCCCAGACUGGGUGGCUCUUCCGGGAGGACAAAACUGAAAGAGUAGGAAACUUUUUGGCAGAUUUCUACCUGGUGAAUGGACUUGUAUUGGAAUCAAGGAAAAGAAGGGAACACCUUAGUGAGGAGGACAUCCUUCGGAAUAAAGCGAUCAUGGAGAGCCUGAGCAAAGGGGGCAACUUAAUGGAGCAAAAUUUUGAGCCCGUGCGCCGGCAGUCCCUGACCCCGCCGUCCCCUAACACCAUCACGUGGGAGGAGUACAUCUCUGCUGAGAGUGGGAAAGCUCCUCAUCUGGGCAGGGAGCUGGUCUGCAAGGAGAGCAAGAAAACCUUCAAAGCCACGAUAGCCAUGAGCCAGGAAUUCCCCUUAGGAAUUGAAUCAUUGUUGAAUGUCUUAGAAGUAAUUGCACCCUUCAAGCACUUUAACAAACUUAGAGAAUUUGUUCAAAUGAAGCUUCCACCAGGCUUUCCUGUCAAAUUAGAUAUCCCUGUGUUUCCUACCAUCACAGCCACUGUAACGUUCCAGGAGUUCCGUUACGACGAGUUUGACGACUCCAUCUUCACAAUUCCCGAUGACUACAAGGAGGACCCCAGCCGCUUCCCGGACCUCUAGUAAACUGGAAGGCUCCUGCCUGUGCUUGGCCCUCUGUGAAUCCUAAGUUUUGGGGCAGAAGGACACAAAGAGCAGCUCCUGGCACUCGCCUUGAGCUGAGGGAUCCAAGUUUGGAACACUGCCUGGAAAGGGGGGGGAAGGAGACCCAAGUUUGCUGAACCGUGUUCAGUAAGUACAGAGGUUUUACCUCCCAAAUCCAGCAAUGGGCUCACUUUGAUCACAACAUGGGUUCUGUUCUGACUUGAAGAGCAAAACCUGGAGUGUCUGUAGAGGUUUUAUUCCUUGCAGACAGUUGGGUGGUUUUGGAUUGGGUUUUUUUGUGGGUUUUUUUUUUUUUUUUUCCUUUUUCCCUUUUCUUUUUUUUUUUUUUUUUGUUUUGUUUGUUUCAGGAGGGUUUAUUUGGGUUUUUUGGGGGGGUUUGCUGGAACCACUGGUGAUCUGAGUGAUAGCUGGAAUGUGAGGCUACUAAAUUUUGGGUUGCCAUUACCUGCACGAAGCACUUAUGGCUUCCUGCCUUCCUCAGAGGUGAGUGGUCAUGGUUGCAUGGAAAUAUAAGCCUGUUUUGCAAAUACUUUCCUUUUUAAAAAUACUUAUAGAAUCCUAAACUUCGACAAUUCCCUACCCUGAACCUAACCCUGCCCUCUGGCAGUGGGAAGCCAUUCCCCCUUGUCUUGUCCCUCCAGGCCCUUGUCCAAAGGCCCUCUCCAACUCUCUUGGAGCCCCUUUAGGCACUGGAAGAGGCUCUAAGGUCUCCCUGGAGCCUUUUCUUCUCCAGGUGAACAUCCCCAGCUCUCCCAGCCUGUCUCCAGAGCAGAGGGGUUCCAGCCUUUGGAGCAUCUCUGUGGCCUCCUCUGGACUCCCUCCAGCAGCUCCACAUCCUUCUGCUGUUGUUCCUCAGGGCUGGAGGCAGCUCUGCAGGUGGGGUCUCACCUGAGCAGGGCAGAAGGGCAGAAUCCCCCCUCCUCUGCUGCCCACACUGUGGGAUCAGCACAGUACUCAGGGGGUUCUUGGCUGGGUCAUGUCCAGCCUCUCCCCCACCAGCACCCCCAAGUCCUUCUCUGCAGUCCCAUAAAAACUGCAGAUUCUUAUUUAAACCCAUUUCCCCCCAAGAGCAGAGUAACUCAUUCUUCAGUGUAACAUAUUCAACCACGUUUUAAAGAGAUUAACUUGUCAGGUCCUUUUAAAACAGGUAGAUGGAAUAAAAGUCCCCUCAUUCCUUAGAGGUUAAGUUGGGUGGUAGAAAUAAAUACCAGAAGUUUUCUAGGAACAGGAGUUUAAGUUUCAGGGUUUUAUUAUCAAAGUUUUGUAAAACAAUUUCCGAAACUGUACAUCGACAUGGCACAGACUGUCGCCUACUUUUGUCUCUUUACCUGCACAAAAGUAAAAGCUCUGGAGCUGCUGGAACUAAGGAACAGCUUGGCUAACUACUCUGCAAAUUCCAUGGGGUCAUUGUGUGCGGGAGGGACGGGACACUGUGGGACAGGAACACAAACUCAUUAGUUUAUACAACUUGAGAUCAAGUAAAAAGUACAUUAUCAGGUGGACUUGCUUUUAAAGCAAACCAAGGUCAGUUUAAAAUGCACUCCCUGCUGCAGCGGGUGAGCUCCUGAGCAACCACACCUGGGAUGAACUUCCACCAACCCUCCAUCACUGGGCAGGGCUUCCCUUCCCUUCUGGGCAGGGAAACCCAUCCCAGCUCGCCCUAGACAGCACUGAACGGACUGAGAGCCCUCAGGAAGGUCAGUGCAUUUUAACUCUGGCCAAGCCAACAAAACCCACCAGGAAAACCAAACCAAACCAACCCCAG